CGUGGAGGAUAUUCGGAAAAGACGACAAUCUACUACAAAUAAGUGCUGCAUACGGAUUCCUGGCUACCUAGUUCGUAUGAACGGAUCCCAAGCAGCCCGAGCGUAUCGAACAGGACAACGCACCGCGCAUCUGGAUGGAUAGCGGAGGUGGUGUUUUCUUCUGAUCCGAGAUUCGACUCCCGGAAGAGAGGCUACUGUUAUUACUGCUGCUAAUGGUGCCAGAUUUGCCAGUCGGGCUGGGGCGAAGUAGUGUUGUCUGAUCGAAGGAAAACGGUAGAAUUCCGGGGUACCGUGUUGUGCAGCAGGUAGUAAGCAUCGCCCGCGGUUUGCUGGCUACUAGUGUCUUGCGGUGGCCAAUUCAGGAACAUUCGAUUGCGACAUGGCUGAGGUGCCAGCGGAAGCGGCAGGAGGGGUACAACCGAUUGUGGAGGAAGAAAAGGGCGAUGGUGAUGUGGAAGUACCGGCAAUCGGUGAUCGAUCGGAUCGUUCCACCGCCGAUGCACCUGCGGAAGGAUUCAUCUGUGGCGUGGUUGAAGGUUUUUACGGUCGCCCCUGGACAACGGAGCAGCGUAAAGAUCUAUUCCGGAAGCUGAAACGCUGGGGCAUGGACGCGUACAUCUAUGCGCCGAAGGAUGACUACAAACAUCGGGCGUACUGGCGUGAGCUGUACACGGUCGAGGAAGCGGAUCAUCUGACCGGGCUGAUAACGGCCGCUCACGAGCAGAACAUCAACUUCUACUACGCCCUGUCACCGGGACUGGACAUCACGUACAGUAGUCCGAAAGAGGUGGCCGCACUAAAGCGCAAGCUUGACCAAGUGUCGCAGUUCGGUUGUAAGGCCUUUGCACUGCUGUUCGACGAUAUCGAACCGGAAAUGUCGAAACCGGAUAAGGAGGUGUUUCAGAGCUUCGCCUUCGCCCAGGUAUCGGUGACGAACGAGAUCUUUAACCAUCUGAACUGUCCCCGGUUUCUGUUCUGCCCGACGCAAUACUGUAGCACGCGGGCCGUGCCGACGGUGAAGCAAUCCGAGUAUCUGAACACGCUCGGUACGAAGCUGGUGCCGGCGAUUGACAUUCUCUGGACGGGACCGAAGGUGAUCUCGAAGCUGCUGACGGUCGAGUGUAUCGAGGAGAUAACGGAGGUACUGAGGAGACCACCCGUCAUCUGGGACAAUCUGCACGCCAACGAUUACGAUCAGAAGCGCGUCUUUCUGGGACCAUACUCGGGACGAUCGCCCGAGCUGAUACCACUGCUGCGGGGUGUCGUCACGAAUCCGAACUGUGAGUUCCAUGCGAAUGCCAUCGCCAUCCAGACGCUUGCCUUCUGGAGUAAGUGCCGUGGAGAUACGAGCCGCCUCGCCAGUACGGCUUCCGAGCAUGAUAUCAAGCUGGAGACAGAGAACGAGGAUGGCAUCUGUCAGGGUGAUGCACCGGCCUUCCUCUCGGAAAACAUCUAUCAUCCUCGGUUAGCGUUGAAGAAUGCGAUCGCGAACUGGUUACCGGAGUUUUUCCAAGAGAAGCAAGCGUGGGGACCAAUCACGAAACCACAGCCUGCUGUUACCAUGGUAAUGCCCAUCCUACCCAUCAUACCUUCGGUAAACACCUGCAUGACGCUCACGUCGACCAGCACGACCACGACGACGACGGCGACCGCACUGCCGGCCAUGCCAGAGGUUAACACAAACCAGCUGCAAUUGUUUGCCGACGUUUGCAGUACCGUGACGAAUGUAGCCGAAGCACUGCCCAAUCCAAUCAUGAACUCGCUCGUUUCGGCCACCAAGGUGGUCACCAAUGAAUCUCUUCCAAAUCCGGUCGCGGCCGCCGUUAACAAUCUAUCGCUUCCACCAACGAUUCCCAUUUCGAGCAUCUCACUGCCGCUACUACCUUGUAUUAAACCAGCCGAUGAAUCGCCCGCGGAUGUCGAUGUGGAGGUGAAAACGGAUGCCGGGGGGACACUCCUCGAAAGCACCACUCAGGCACACGUCAGGGACGAGGAUGAUUCUGUGAUACGAGAUGCGGAGGAGAUCGAUGGUAGCAGCACCACCACUGGGCAGCAGGACGUGCUGGAUGAGAACGAGGUGAAGAUGGUAGAUGCGACCGAAGAACCGGAUGGUGAUGAUAAGAUGAUGACGGUUAGUGAUGAUGCGCAGCCCGUGAAUCAUCAUGCCGGCGAGCAGUUGGUUGAUGCGAGUGAAUCCCGGUCGAUUCCUCUCGUACCACCGCCAAUACCACCGGUAGUCGAGAUGAUUGAAGAUGACAGCAAAACGGACGUAGCAGAGCUGAAUGUCGGUAACAGUAACAACAAUGGGGUGGUAGCUCCGGAACCGAUGGAAUGCGGUAGUAACCUGACCUCUCCGAAGCACCUUCUCAAAACUCAUUUCGACGAUGUGAUAAUGUCUGAAACAACAUCGACGUGUUCAGGGACAAUGCAGGUCGAAAGCUCCGAUACAUCGCUGGAAAUGGCUGAGGAUAACAAAAACAACCCCGAAAGAGACAUAACG